GUCUUGCGCAGACUCGGGAUCUCGCGACAUUUUCCGACAGAUUCCGCGCAUGCGCCGGGCGUCCUGGUAACCGGAGUGGCCGCAGUUAGUACAACUCUGCCAGAAUGUCGUAUAUGUUACCACAUCUCCACAAUGGUUGGCAAGUUGACCAGGCCAUUCUGUCAGAGGAAGAUCGUGUUGUCGUCAUUCGUUUUGGUCACGACUGGGAUCCAACUUGUAUGAAGAUGGAUGAGGUGUUGUACAGUAUUGCUGAAAAGGUGAAAAAUUUUGCUGUUAUUUAUCUUGUGGAUAUCACCGAGGUACCAGACUUCAACAAGAUGUACGAGUUAUAUGAUCCAUGCACUGUUAUGUUUUUCUUCCGAAACAAGCACAUCAUGAUUGACUUGGGUACUGGCAACAACAACAAAAUUAAUUGGCCGAUGGAAGACAAGCAGGAGAUGAUUGAUAUUGUUGAAACAGUUUACAGAGGAGCUCGCAAGGGACGGGGUCUUGUGGUAUCUCCAAAAGACUACUCCACAAAAUACAGAUAUUGAGGUGUUGUGCAAGCACAGUCAAACAAUUUGCCAUAUACUUCACCCUGGAUUAUUACCAUUGUAAAUAAAACACCAGCCUUCAACUUCGUUUCUGUUUAGACAUUUGCACUGGAUACCCUCAUUAUUUUAUAUUGUCUAAUGCAUAACAUGUAUUCUAUAAAUGAAUGGAGAAUUGUGUUUUACGGCUGUUUUCUGUCGUCCUUAAAAGACACGUUGGAUUAUUUGCCAUCCUAGCUUUUCAUGGAUAUCUGUGACCUAACUUUGGCAAUAAAUUAUAUUUUUAAUUUAAUGAUUUGAAUAGCUGAAUCAUUACAGUUUGUGCCUUUUUGACAUCCAAGUAAAUAUAAAAGAACAGUUCAUGACCAAUGGGAGGAGUUUAUAAUAUUGCUCUUAGCCUGAUUGGAAAGGCAUAAGUCAUCAUUUCUAUUCCCAACAGCCAUUAUAUAUUGUAUGUGUUUACAAGCCAAGUAUUUUUUUUGUUAUCUGCCACAUGGUAGCUGGCUUUCUGAAGAAAUAAAUUAUAAAUGAUC